UUCCUGUGUUACCGCCCUUGGGCUGAGAGCGAAAUCAAGCAGUGAAGACAUCGCAUUCAUUGGAAGACUGGGAACAUUUGGAGGUACCUUAGUUAGGAGCCUUUAAAGUAUCAGGUAGCCUCUUCCUGAUCUGGAGCAGUGAGCCUGAGAAGACAAACCGUGGCUGUGGUCUGCUGUCCAGUGUUCUGCGUAGCAAGCUUUAGCCGGCACCAUGGCGUUGUCGUUCAAGAAGGAUCUGGACAAGUACAAGGAUCUUGACGAAGAUGAAAUCCUCAACAAACUGUCGGCGGAGGAGCUUAAACAGCUGGAGACGGCCCUCGAGGAGAUGGACCCUGAGAAUGCUCUUCUCCCAGCCGGCAUGCGUCAGAAAGACCAGACGGAAAAGAAAGCAACAGGAUCGUUUAACAGAGACGGCCUCCUCAAAUACCUGGAGAAGGAAGCCAUGGAGUACAAGGACAGAGAUGACAUAGUGCCCUUCACUGGAGAGAGAAAAGGUAAAGCAUUUGUUCCUAAGCAGAAGCCCAUAGAAACACGUCAGGAAGAAGUCACGAAGCUGGAUCCAGAAUUAGAGGAAGCCCUGUCCAGUGCCACAGAUACUGAACUGUGUGAUUUAGCAGCGAUCCUGGGUGUUCACACAUUGGUCACCAGUACUCAGACAUAUGACGGGACUGGGAGCAAAGCGGGUUACAACAAUGUGAUCAAAGGGGAGAAGAUGAACCCGGUGUUUGACGAGCCUCCAAAUCCCACUAAUGUAGAAGAUACUCUGCAGAGGAUAAAAAGCAAUGACAGCUCCUUAACAGAGGUCAACCUCAACAAUAUAAAGAACAUUCCAAUUCCAACGCUGAAGGACUUUGCCAAAGCCAUGGAGAAGAACACUCAAGUCAAGAAGUUCAGCCUGGCAGCAACACGGAGUAAUGACCCGAUUGCUGUGGCGUUCAGCGAGAUGCUGAGGGAGAACAAGACGUUGCAAAGUUUGAACCUCGAGACCAACUUCAUCACUGGGGCCGGGGUGCAGGCUUUGGUUGAUGCGCUGCGAGACAAUGACACACUCACAGAGAUCAAGAUAGACAACCAGAGGCAGCAGCUGGGUACCACCGUAGAGAUGGAGAUCGCUAAGAUGUUGGAAGAGAACAACAGCAUAGUAAAGUUUGGCUACCACUUCAACCAGCAAGGACCUCGCUCCAGAGCAGCUGCAGCCAUCACCAAGAACAACGACCUUAUCCGCAAGAAGCGAGUGGAAGGAGACCUGUAGGGAUGUUUCCCGACCCGUCUCUCAGCCAAUCCUGUUGUUUCAUCUCACCGUCGUGUGGAAUAAUUUCAGCCAGUGCCCUGGUCUCAUCUCACUGUGUGGAAACUUAAGUCUUGUGCCAAACUGUGGGGCAAGGCGUGCUCAACCAGAACAUACAUCUGAGAAGAAGGGAAAUAACUGGAAUUGCCCUCCCUCGUUCACAUGUUUAUACAUAUGUUUAUUAUUAUUUUGUUGUUGACGUUAUUGAAGGUGUAAAUCUGUUUAGUUUUUAGUCAGUUCAUUUCAGCUGCUCCCUUUUUUUUUUUUUUUUAGCCUUUAAAUGAUCUGUCCGGACUUUUUACUUGCUUUUUUCCCCCCUUUUGUACUUUGCUAUAAACAUGAACAUGACCAAGCAACAGAAACAACAGUAACAGCUUUGUAAAAAUGAGUAUUUACACCAUGAUAGUUUGCUGUUAAGGCCUAAAAGCUUCCUAAUGAAACCCUGAAUCCGAAGGUGACACAAAUCAAAGCCAGACCAGUCUGUUAAAUAACUUCUAAGACUUACAGAUGGUCAUAGCUGCGUCUAAAGAGAUCACAAGACAUGAUAAGUCACAGCGUAGUAACAUCUGACUCAUGGUUCAGAUCACUCCUGUUUGUUCCAUCUGCAUGCUGCUCUGCAGGUGUCGUUUGUUGGAGUUGCCUUGUAAAACCAGCUCAACUGUCUCGGGCUAGUGUGUGUAAUGGUUCAAUUGUGCUGACCUCAUGCUGCAGUCAGCCUUAAAGCAGAUGCUGGCUCACGCCCUUAUAUAUAUAAAUACUGUAAGUAUCAAUGUGUAAUAUUUUAUAUCACUUCACUGUUUUAUUCUUACUAAAGACCUUGUUUUCAUGUGGUUUCAAUUCAAAUGUUGGCUAUUCUGAUCACUUGUUACCCUGAACAGGAAAUGAUAAGAAGGUUUCUUGUAAAAAUGAGAUCAUACUGUAAAAUGAACAGGAUAUGAACCCCAGUCUGGACUGGAGAGGCUCUGGCCUGCUCUCAUAAACGAUGCUGUAACUGUCUGCUCGGCACACUGAGUUUCCCUAAUGCUAAAAACCAUGCCAAAGACUUACACAUGCAGUGCUUAGAGUAUCUGUAUUGACAUUGGCUACUGGUUCGGGUUUUUGCUUUGUCAUCUACAGUCACUUACUCGUAAAACUGUCAUCGAGUUAGAAACAACAGUCUCGAAAUAUUUCAGGCAACACAUCAGGUCAAUAUUUUUUCUUUCAUUUUUGAACAAACGGUUAAGCAAGAAGUUAAUUAAGAGGUGAGCUGGUAAACAGCUUGUGUGGAACUUCUCAGGUUGCGAGUACUUGUGAAAUGUUUCUAUGAACGAUGAUGCAUCGAUAAAAAAGUGUUGUACAGAUCCUAAAUUUAACUUUUCUCACUCCCACACAUUGCACACUUUUACUUGGCUCUCGGCAUAGCAGGUCAUACAUUAUGUAACACAUGAAGCGUGUGCCUCUAUUGGUACACUAACCUGCUUGACAUUAGUAUGACAGGAUUUUUUCAGGUGUUACCUAAACAAGUACAUAUGGACUAUAUGUAAUAAGAUACUGAUAUGAAGUCAUCAGAUGUGAACAUCAUGUUUGUGUCCUGACCAAAAACACCCAACAGCCUCACAUUCCUGGACUAAAUCGUCCGGCUUGGUUCCAAACUUUGGGUUUGAAAUCUGAGUUCAUCCAUCAUCAUGUCUGUUCGUAUUUCCUCUGACCUUACUGUGCAUUGUUGGUGGAAAACUGCUUUCUUUGCUUGAGCUUGUUAAGAAUAUUCUGUGAUCUAUAUUACAGUAUGUUUAUUAAUUGUGUAAUGCCAUCUCAAAAUCAAAGCGCACACACACACACUUUUAUUUGUUCUCCCACAUUCAUUUAAACAACUCAUUGCUGAGAUGUGUUUGUACCUUAAAUCAAACCCCAGGUGUAUACUCAAAAUAAGGAGUAUGUGAUUUUAUGAAACCACAAGCUGGUAAAACACACUGCUGAAUAUCAGACAUCCUCAACAAUAAAUGUUUUUACAAACUCUGA